AUGAGUGGAGAUCGCUCUGCGGCGGUCGGCGGAGAUUGUUGGGAGCGGUCAAAGUUAUGCCCUUUCUCAGUGAUUAUGCUGCAGAGAGAUAUUCUUGGUCCUUCCAUCAAUGGCUUAGCUUCACUGAUUCGGAUGCCUUAUGGUUGUGGUGAACAGAACAUGAUAAACUUUGCUCCAAAUAUUUACAUAUUGGAUUAUCUGACCAAAAAGAAACAACUAACAGAUAAUGUAAAAGAAAAGGCCCUUUCAUUUAUGAGACAAGGUUACCAAAGAGAACUUCUCUAUCAGAGGGAUGAUGGCUCUUUCAGUGCUUUUGGGAAUGCUGACCCUUCUGGGAGCACAUGGUUGUCAGCUUUUGUUUUAAGAUGUUUCCUUGAAGCUGAUUCUUACAUAGAUAUUGAUCAGAAUGUGUUACACAGAACAUAUACUUGGCUCAAAGGACGUCAGAAAUCCAAUGGUGAAUUCUGGGAGCCAGGAAGAGUUAUCCACAGUGAACUUCAAGGUGGCAACAAAAGUCCAGUAACACUUACAGCCUAUAUUGUGACUUCUCUCCUGGGAUACAAAAAGUUUCAGCAUAAUUUUGACAUACAAGACUCGGUCAAGUUUUUGGAGUCUGAAUUUAAUAGAGGAGUUUCCAACAAUUAUACUCUAGCUCUUAUUACUUAUGCACUGUCGUCAGUUGGAAGUCCUAAAGCCAAGGAAGCUUUGCAAAUGCUGACUCUUCGUGCUGAACAAGAAGGAGACAUGCGAUUCUGGAUGUCACCCAUGUCUGUACUUUCUGAGUCCUGGCAGCCACGCUCCCUGGAUAUUGAAGUUGCAGCCUACGCACUGCUCUCACAUUUUCUGCAGUUUCAGGUUUCCGAGGGAAUCCCAAUCAUGAGGUGGCUAAGCCGGCAAAGAAGUAGCUUGGGAGGGUUUGCAUCCACCCAGGAUACCAUUGUGGCUUUAAAGGCUCUCUCCGAAUUUGCAGCCCUCAUGAAUACAGAGAGGACAGACAUCCAUGUGACUGUGAUGGAACCUCACUUACUACAUCCCCUAACGUUUCAGAUCGACACACACAACCGUCUUCUCCUUCAGACAGCACAGCUCGCUGCAGUACAGCCAGUGGCAGUUAAUAUUUCUGCAAAUGGUUUUGGAUUUGCAAUUUGUCAGCUCAAUGUGAUUUAUAAUGUGAAAGAUUCAGGGUCUUUUAGAAGACGGAGAGAUAUUCAAAAUCAAGAAGCUUUUGAUUUAGAUGUCAGUGUAAAAGAUAGCAAAGAUGAUAUCAAUCAUGUGAAUUUGAAUGUGUGCACAAGGUUUUUGGGCCCGGAUAGGAGUGGAAUGGCCCUUAUGGAAGUCAAUCUUCUCAGUGGCUUUACUGUGCCUUCUGGUGCAAUUCCUCUGAGUGAGAUAGUGAAGAAAGUUGAACAUGAUCCUGGAAAACUCAACCUUUAUUUAGAUUCUGUAAAUGAAACCGAGUUUUGUGUUGAUAUUCCUGCUGUGAGAAACUUUAAAGUUUCAAAUACCCAAGAUGCUUCAGUAUCCAUCGUGGAUUAUUAUGAGCCAAGGAGACUGGCGGUGAGAAGUUACAACUCCAAAGCGAAGCUGUUUUCUUGUGACCUUUGCGGAGAUGCCCAGGGCUGCAGUCCUUGUGAGAAGACUUCAGGGUCUCUUCGUCACUCCCCAGUCCUCUUCAUUUUCUAUUUCAUGCUUCUAUGUUCAUUGCAACAUUGGCUGUGAUUUAUUUUUUACAGACUUUAUGUAAAACUAACAUUUCUAAAACAAUCACGUGAUUGUUUUCUUUUCAUAAUUGAAUAUUGCCUUUGACUAUUUUGAAGAAAUUUUUUUUCUUUCAAUGGGACUCAUUGCAGGGGGCAGGGAUAUUCCUAGAAGGUUGUGUUGCAUUGAUCUCUUCACCUGACUUUUGUGUGGAAGAAAAUCAGAAUGAUUGCAGUUGCAUGUCUUUACUUCCCCCUCUUGAAAUCUUUUAGAAUUUUUUGGGGGGAGAAUUUUUUUCUCCAGAAUGAAAGUAUUAGAUUAUUCUUCUCAUUUUGUUAAAUCAUGAGCAUAGGAAGUUUGCUUUAGUAUUAAUGAUGGAUUUACCUGGGGGAUAGUGG